AUGAGCGCUUUUCCGCACCAGCUAAUCUAUCAGCCGAACAAUUCCUCAAAUGGCCCUGUUUCACCAGUACAUUCACCCACACAUACACCGUCACCACCGACGACGUCUCCUGGACAAACUUCUCCGUCUAUUAACUAUCCUAUUUCACAUGGUGUUCCUGCAAUAUAUGGUGGUGGUAACCUGCCCCUAUUUUCCUUUCAAACUAAAUUACCACAUAAAAUGCAACCACCUUUAAGCCAUGCGUUUGGCCCACACCCGAUCCUGAAUCAAAAUUCUGGUCCUCCUGGUCAAUCGUUAAUGCAACAAACAAGUAUGACGGUUUCUCAACCUCAGUUAAACAUUGCUUUGUCUACUUCUGUUACAAAUCCUUUGUCUGUAAGUUCAGCACAUUGGCAACAACAGCUUAAUUACGCUCAGUUGUCUCGUCAAUCGGCUUCACCUCACCACCAUGCUCGUCAAGCCGCUGUCGCUGCUCGUAGCAGCCUUGGUAGUUCAGCUAUUGCUAUAACCGAUCCAAAUAAUCCAAACAAAGCACCUUUAAAUGGUAUUCAUUCAAAAAAAGAGAAUGGUGAGAAACUUGAUCAGCCAUUUCAGCAAUGGAUGACGAUUGAUCUGGGUGGAAUGGGACUUAAAAACAUUAGCAAAGAAUUAUUUCGAUACCAUUUUCUUACAACACUUUACAUAAGCCACAAUAAUUUGACUUAUGUAUCUCCGGAAGUUUCGAAACUAAGGUGCCUUACUAUACUGGAUAUGUCAGGCAAUAAAUUAUCAGUUCUUCCAUCGGAAUUGGGCAUGUUAACGAAUCUCAAGGAAUUACUUUUGUUUGACAAUAUGCUUGUAACCCUACCUUUUGAGUUAGGUACUCUUUACCAAUUGGAAACACUUGGAUUAGAGGGAAAUCCAAUAAAUGAAACUAUAAAAUCCAUUUUGCAAAAGGAUGGUACGUCUGCCGUUAUACAUUUUUUGCGGGAUAAUUGUCAAGUUCCACCACAACCAAUGGAACGGGAUUGGAUAAUGUUGGAGAAUGAAGCUGGUGGAGAUCGUGAUACCUUCACACUCCUUUGCUAUAAUAUCCUAUGUGAUAAAUAUGCAACCACUCAGUUAUAUGGGUACACUCCUUCAUGGGCACUUCAAUGGGAUUAUCGAAAGGAAUUAAUUAAGCAUGAGGUAUUAUCAUAUAAUGCUGAUAUCGUUUGCCUCCAGGAGGUUGAUACAUCUCAAUAUGACGAAUAUUUUAAAGAUUCAUUCAACGAGCUUGGAGAUUAUGACAGCGUAUAUUGGCCAAAGUCUCGAGCAAAGACAAUGGCUGAUUGGGAAAGAAAAUCGGUGGAUGGAUGUGCGACAUUUUACAAGAAUUCAAAGUAUAAAUUAAUUGACAAACAAUUAAUAGAAUUUAAUCAAGUUGCGCUACAAAGAUCAGAUUUUAAGAAAACUGAAGAUAUGUUCAAUCGUGUCAUAACAAAAGACAAUAUUGCAGUAAUAACAUUGCUUGAAAAUAGAGAGACCUUGUCUCGCGUUAUUGUAGCUAAUUGUCACAUUCAUUGGGAUCCAUCUUAUGCAGAUGUCAAACUUGUUCAAGUUGCAAUGUUGAUGGAUGAAUUAGAUAAGCUUGGGCAAAAAUGGUGUACCAUACCUAAUCAUUCCUUGUAUAAUUAUUCUUCGCCACAAAAGAUAUCAACAAUUAUUUGUGGUGAUUUUAAUUCAACUCCGGAUUCUGGUGUAUACGAGUUUCUUACUCGCGGUUCCAUACGGCAAGAUCAUAAUGAUUUUGGUAAUCAUAUUUAUGGUUCAUAUACUUCUGAUGGGUUAUCUCACAAGUUAUCUCUCAAGUCUUCUUAUUCAAAUAUUGAAGAACUUCCAUUUACCAAUUUCACCCCAAGUUUCACUGGUGUAAUUGAUUAUAUUUGGUAUAGUACAAAUACCUUGAGUGUUACUGGAUUAUUGGGAGGUAUAGACAAAGAGUAUUUGUCUAAGAUGGUUGGAUUCCCAAAUGCGCAUUUUCCUUCCGAUCAUGUUGUAAUCUUGGCCGAAUUCCGAGUUAAACCUCCACAGACGAUACAACCACCGCCUCAAUUUGGAAUACCUAGUAGCAAUUCACGGCGAUUAAACAGUCAAAGAAAGUAA